AUGCAGAACGAUGAAGUCAUAUGGGGAGUAUUCCAUUAUAAAUAAUUUUUUAUUUAUUUUGAGGUCAAAAAUCUUUAAAUUUACCUAAUACUGAAACAAAACCAUAAUAAUUCUAGCAAAAAUACCUUAAAAAAUAUAAUAGGCUCAAACCAUUGUUCUUAUCGUGCAUCAACUGAAACACAAAACUUCUGCAGAAACCAGUACAAUGUGACAGGUCUCUGCAAUAGACGAUCUUGCCCAUUAGCCAAUAGCACCUAUGCGACUAUCAUUGAAAAAGAAGGAGUCUGCUAUCUGUACAAAAAAGUCCCUGAACGUGCAAAUACUCCGAAAAAGCUCUGGGAAAGAAUUAAGCUUUUACAAAAUUAUAAGUUGGCUUUGGAACAGAUAGACGAACAUCUUGAAUUUUGGCCAGACUUUCUUAUCCACAAGAAUAAACAAAGAUUCACAAAAAUCGUUCAAUAUUUAAUUAGACAGCGAAAAAUCAAAAAACAAGACAACACAAAAUUAGUCACUGUCAGCAAAAAAGCUGAAAGAAGAGAAAAAACGAGAGAAGCCAAAGCAGAAAAAGCAGCAAAUAUCGAAAUCAGCAUUGAAAAAGAGCUGUUAGAGAGGCUGAAAAGUGGGACUUAUGAUGAAAUUUAUAAUUAUCCACCAAAACUUUACAAUGAACUGCUAGAUGAAGAAGAACAAAUUGAAUUUGUGGAGGAAGACAUUGAGGAAAGUGACCAAGAAAUUGAAGAUUUAGACCAAAUUUUACCGAAGAGGAGACCAAGGCAUGAGAUUGAGUAUGAACAAGAAAUUGAAGAAUUGGGGAAAUUGCAUUAA